AUGGAUUUUGCAAGAAAACAAGCAAAUAGACAAGAAUUAUUUGAUAGUGUUUGGUCAUACAGUAGUCUUGAACAUGAUGGUCUUGGUCGAUAUCGAGAUCCAUUGAAUGCAUAUGGUGAUCUUCAAACAAUGACAAAAAUAACAUAUAGUAUACAUUUCAAUUUACAUCGUGUGUAUGGACCAAUACGUUUACCAUUAAUCUAUCGAUAUUAUCAUGUUGUUGAAGUAUUAGGUACAGAAAUGUCAAAAAUUCCGGAUGACUGGGAUGUUCAACCGUUUGUUGUUUUACAAAAUAAAGUUGGAUGUAAGAAAUCAUAA